AUGCCCUUUGAGCGAUAUCUAGCAGACGAUGAGCCACAGCGGAGUCAACAGUACUCUAAUCACUACAGCGAUUAUGACGAUGACCGCGGCUACAACGUCCAUGGCAGCGGCCAUGGUUACUCCAGAAAUGGGAUUCAGUUUCAGAUCCCUCAAUUCAUGUACAAUGGACCUCCAAUACUAGCCCCAGGUGGUGGUGCGGAGGUCCUCCCAGCUGGUCUUCUUGACAGCUCAGGUUCGUUCGCUUCAACCUGGUUCACGAACAACGGCUUUGCACCUUUUCAUCCUUCCUCUCAGUCCAGAGACCAGGAGGCAACCUCGUGUGCCAGCACUGCGCAAUCGAGCAAUUGCUAUGAUGAUGCUUAUUCUGUUCCUCACUCGAUACCGUAUUCCCCGGUCGACUAUUCUCACCCGCCCCCGCUGCCCCCAAUCCAAACAGCCGUCGACACCCUCAAAUUCAAUGCCACAACCAGCUUUUCUGCUCCGUCCCCCCUUGGCCUUCCUGUAUACUCCUCAUCUGGCUUCGACCUUCUCUCUAUCCUCUCUCGUGUCAUCACACGUCCCCAUCCAAACAUCGUCCUCGGCCCUGUCGACAGUUCUUGCUCCUUUACUGUCGUUGACGUCCGUCGCCAUGACUCUCCCAUCAUUUACGCCUCCCCCACCUUCUACCGUCUCACAGGUUACGAUGAGCACGAGGUCCUCGGUCGCAAUUGCCGCUUCCUACAGUCCCCUGAUGGAAACGUCCACAAGGGCGAGGAGCGUCGCUUCGUCGCCCCAGAUGCUGUGUCUCAUUUGAAAAAGUCCCUUUCCGCAGACAAGGAGUGCCAAACCAGCAUCAUUAACUACCGUAAAGGUGGACAGGCUUUCAUCAAUCUCGUAACCGUAAUCCCCCUCAGGGGCGGCGUAUUGAAUUGUUCAGAGGAAGCAGACGAUGUCGUUUACCACGUCGGGUUCCAGGUCGAUCUGACUGAACAACCCAAUGCCAUCUUGCAGAAACUACGCGAUGGGAGCUACAUCGUCAAUUACACCGUUGGCGCAGGCGCACCGGUGGCGUCCCCCAUCGCGCCCCCAGCGAGAGGUCGGCUUGCAUUGCCGUCCAACAGCAUAAUAAGCAAAGAUUUACGUAGUCUAAUCACAGACACUAAAUUCACCUCUUCAGUCCCCCUUUCUACGAGCGUCAAUAUCCCCCCAUCCACAGCCACCCCUGACAAGCCUGACACCCACGAUGGCAACCAGCUCCUGCACAUGCUCCUUCUCGAAAAAUCCCCCGACUUUAUCGUCGUUCUCAGUCUCAAAGGUGCCUUCCUCUAUGUUGCCCCAAGCGUGCGCCUUGUCCUGGGCUACGAGCCCGAUGAGCUCGUCGGAAAGAGUAUAUCCGACUACUGCCACCCCGCAGAUCUCGUCCCACUCAUGCGCGAGCUCAAAGAGUCCUCCAUCACGCCCAACACCACAACAGCCGAGUCCACCACACCCAGCCCAACCAGCUCACAGCACCCAGCCAGCCUACCCAAAACAGUCGACCUCCUCUUCCGCGCCCGUGCCAAAUCCUCGGAAUACGCUUGGAUCGAAUGUCGGGGGCGCCUCCACGUCGAACCCGGAAAAGGCCGCAAAGCCAUCAUCCUCUCCGGUCGUGGCAAAUGGAUGCCCUCGCUCAGCUGGCGCUCGGUCGCCCGUGCUGGCGGGCUCGGCGAGCAGGAAUUAUGGGGCAUGGUGAGCGCCAACGGGACCGUACUCGUCACCAGCGCCAACGUGCGCGAUUUGCUUGGAUGGAGUGUUAGUGAGGUCAUCGGCAAGUCUUUGGUUAUGAUGGUCAUGAAGGAGACGCAUGUACGUGGACACGCGGAGGGUGAGCCCUAUGUAAGGGUGUGUACGAUGCUGCGCAAAGAUCAUAACACUGUGCACGUGCGGCUCGUAAUAUACCGUCCACCCGCCCCGUCUCCAAACCCGAUCCCUUCUCCAUCCCUUCUCCAUCCCCGCUCACCCGCUCGUCAUACAAAUCACGAUACUUGGCGCUUCAAGCAGCCCCUGUGCGCCACUGAUGUAUUCGAGGAGCUAGAUACCGCGCGGGGGAGUAGUUGGCAGUAUGAGCUGCAGCAGUUGCGGUUUGCGAAUCAGAGGUUGUGUGAGGAGGUGGAUGCACUUGAGGUGCGUGAGCCGGAAUUCUACCAGGAACAACACCAACAGCACCAGCACCAGCAACAACAACAUCUGACGUUGGUUCACCCACACGAUAGCGCCGACUGGCCGUCGCAUAUGGGCAGCCACAUGAGUUCUACGUUGUCAUCAUCGUUGGCACACGUGAAUCCCGCAAUACACAUACCCGCGUCGUCAUCGCUCAAGCGUGCUUGGCACUCUGAAGACGGGCCAACCUAAGGGUCACACAUAAAUUUCGUUAGUAUUCCCUCUUGAUUCCCACACACGGAUACUGUCAAUACCCC